AUGAGAUUGGAAGUACUUAUAAUGAGGCAGAGCUCGGUGACCUCCUAUGACGGCGAGCUAGGUGACGACGGUAGCCAAGGGGCUCAUCAAGUAGCUGCGAACAUAAAUGCAAAGGUGACCUCCUCUGCUGGCGAGCUCGGUGACAACGACAACGAACAAUUAGAUUUGUUUAAGAGACUGAGAGGAUGA